CUGUGGUACUUCCCCGCCCACGAGGGGAGUGAGGCGGAGGACACAGAGCAGAGUUUCACUGAGGGCAGAAAAUACUUUGAUUUUCGUCUUGUUUUCUCGUAAAAAGCGCAGUCAUGAUCACGUCAAAACUCCCCAUUGCUUUGUUUUUAAAACGGAAAUGUUUUCCAUCGAGCCUGACAGCCUCGUGUUAACAUUACUAUGGAUACGCUACGGUGAAAGAAGGACUUGAAAACUUUUCCAUUCUCCGAUCAUCGGAGCGCAGCACAAUGGACUCCAGACAGAGGAAGCGCUCCGGAGGAGGGAGGCUGUGGAGGCUCUGCUUCUAUCUGGCUUGCGUCUCCUGUGCGUCCGCUCAGCUCAGCUACUCUGUAUCGGAGGAACUAAACCCAGGCUCUGUGGUUGGAAACAUCGCGAAAGAUUUGAGUCUUUCUGCUCAACGGAUGGUUCAGAGGAGGUUGCGGGUGGUCUCGGAAUCCACAACGCAGUAUUUUGAGGUAAAGGAAGCGACUGGCGAGUUAGUUAUUAAACAAAAAAUUGACAGGGAGCAACUGUGUGAAAUAAGUUCAGCAUGUUCACUACACCUUCAAAUAGUUCUGGAGGUUCCUUUAGAUAGUCAUCGCGUUGUGGUGGACAUUCUGGAUGUGAAUGAUAAUGCACCGCAGUUUUCAACAAGCAACAUUUCUUUGGAGAUAUCAGAGGCGGCUACUCCGGGCACAAGGUUUCGCCUGGAGAGCGCACACGACCCAGAUGUUGGGACCAACUCGUUACGCACUUACCAUCUUGCAGCAAAUGACUUCUUUAUUUUGAAAGUGGAAACUAAAAGUGAUGGCAGCAAGUUUCCGGAGCUCGUGGUGGAUAAAUCUUUGGACAGGGAGACGCAGGCCUCGUUUCGCCUGUUGCUCACGGCUGUCGAUGGGGGUCAGCCGGAGAAAUCUGGCUCGACACUUCUGCUCAUUAGAAUUCUGGAUGUAAACGACAAUUCGCCAGUGUUUGACGAGCCGGUGAAGACUGUUAAGUUAUUAGAAAAUGUUGCACGGGGCACUUUAGUAACUAAACUGAACGCGUCUGACGCGGAUUCGGGGAACAAUGGAGAAAUAUCUUUCCUUUUUAGUAAAUACACGCCGGAACGCGUUCUCAACCUUUUCAGUGUGGAUUCUAAAAGCGGGGAGAUCCGUGUGAAGGGGGACGUGGAUUAUGAAAAGGCCGCUAGAUAUCACAUCACAGUGCAGGCCAGAGAUGGAGGCUCUCCUGCCAUGGAGGGCUCCUGUAACGUCAUAGUAGACGUCAUUGACGCGAAUGACAACACACCAGAGGUCACACUGACGUCACUGACUAGUCAUAUCGGGGAGGACUCAGCGCCAGAAACUGUGGUAGCCCUCAUCAGUGCCCGGGACCUGGACUCGGGGGUGAAUGGGGAGGUUACACUGUCAAUCCAACCAGGUUUGCCAUUCAAACUAAAUUCAGCUUUUGGCAUGCAUUACAGCCUCACCACUGCUGGAAAUCUGGACCGUGAGACUGUCCCUGAGUACACAGUGGUCAUCAAGGCCACUGAUGCUGGAUCCCCUCCUCUUUCGUCACAAACCACCUUUGUUGUGAUGCUCUCUGAUGUAAAUGACAAUGCCCCCAUCUUCUCUCAGCCUUCAUACUCUGUGGAUGUCCCAGAGAACAAUGCUCCCAGUGCCCCAAUCGCUGCUGUUUCAGCCACUGAUCCAGACCUGGGUGACAAUGCUCGCAUCUCUUACUCCAUCCUUUCCAGCAUGGUCCAGGGUUCCCCCAUCUCUUCCUACGUCUACAUAAACCAAGAGAAUGGGCACAUCUACAGCAUGCGCUCCCUGGAUCAUGAGCAGCUCAAUGCUUUCCGCAUUGAGGUGCAGGCUCGGGAUGCUGGGGUGCCCCCUCGGACAGCAAACGUUACUGUGCAUGUGUUUGUGGUGGAUGUAAAUGACAAUGCACCAGUAAUUGUACACCCCUCCUACCCAAAAGGCAAAAGGUUAGAGCUCACUGUGCCCCCUUCAGCUGGCCCAGGGCACCUCAUAAAUAAACUUGUAGGGGUGGAUGCAGACAGCGGGCACAAUGCAUGGCUAUUUUACUCCAUCACCCCUGGUCCAAAUGCUGGCAUGUUCCGUAUUGGGGCACACAGUGGUGAGCUACGUACAACACGCAAGUGGGCCGAGGAGGAAGUGGGCUCAACAUAUGACAUCAUGAUCACCAUCCAGGACAAUGGCGACCCACCUAAGUCCACCUCUGUGAACAUUACAGUAACUGUGGAUGAGAAGGGCUCGGCCAUCGACGCUCCUGCUAGCCCUCAUCACACACCCUUCUACCACCGAACGGGGAUGUCAGACAUCACCCUGUAUCUAAUCAUCUCUCUAGCUUGUGUAUCAGCUGUUUCCUUCAUCACCUUUGCUGUCCUCAUGGUACGCUGCCUCAGGCACCAAGGCCCAGGGCUGGGAGACUCUGACUGCUGCUGCUACGGAAGCCACAGGUCCAGUCGCUACCAUCAGCGACCCGGCAAGGAUCUGCACCUGCAGCUCAAUACUGAUGGACCAAUCCGCUACAUGGAGGUGGUGGGAGGCCCCCAGGAGCCCCACACCCGCACCUACAGGCCCUGCUACUCCACCCUAUCCAGCCGAAGUGACUUUGUAUUUAUGAAGACACCCAUGCUGAGUCACAACAACACACUCAACAUGACACUCAGCAGGAAGCACCUUAUGAACUCAGCUUGUGAGCAAAAGCCCCCCAACAAUGACUGGCGCUUCACACAGGGACCGAGACCCGGACCUAGCGGUCCCCACAUGCCAUACGGUACACACAUACGAUGGACGCCGAAGAGUGGGACAAGGGCUACUGGAGGACCUGAGGUUGCUAUGGGAACUGGCCCCUGGCCCCAACCCCCAACUGAGGCUGAGCAGCUCCAGGCCCUGAUGGCUGCAGCUAACGAAGUGAGUGAGGCUACAGCCACCCUGGGGCCCGGCACCAUGGGCUUGAGCACCCGCUACAGCCCCCAGUUCACCCUGCAGCAUGUGCCCGACUACCGUCAGAACGUCUACAUCCCUGGAAGCACGGCCACCCUCACCUCCAAUCCCCAGCAGCAGCAGGCCACGGCCCAGCAGGCCGCCCAGCAGGCGCUGCCACCGCCCCAGGUCUCAGCUCAGCCUGAGCCUCCCAAGGCCGCCCAGACCCCUGCCUCCAAAAAGAAGUCCACCAAGAAGGAGAAGAAGUAAAACUGGACGGACAGACGUGUAGAAAUGACAAACCCGGCCUGAUCUGAUGAGAAAUUCAACCCCCCAUACCCCCCCCCAUUAGGUGUCCCUCUGCUCUGCUGUCACUCAUGCUAGCCACGGUCUAAAUUAUGAGAGCAAAUCCCCCUGACCACAUGGACAUGUUGAUGGGUCUUUGAAAGAGUGUCUUGAAGAAUCUGAAUGUGCUGAAGGCUGUUACUGGUGGUGAUAACCUGUGCUGUGCUAAAGGUGGUGUAUUGCUCAUGAAGUCUCUGUCUGUAGAACAUUUUGGCAGGGUAUGGGGGGUUUGAAACAUGUUUUUUUUUUUUUUUGUGGCAAAAUUAAAUGAUCUUGGACAAAGAGAUUCAGUGUAAGAAACCUUGCUGGGAUGCCAAGGCUAUACGCAGUGAUGUAUUCAGAGAUGAAAUGUUAAUGUCUUUCAUGUUGGAUUUUUUGUGCUCUUUCCCUGAGGUGGAAAGUCUGCUAUUGUAAAGUACGCUAGCUGCCAUCAGUUAGAUCACUAUAUAGGGUCAGCCUUGCAGGAUCUUAAAGCAUAAGUCCUGGAGACAUAAGGCUGCUGUUAAACAGGUAUUAAAAAAUCAUCUGCAUGCUCUUUAAGGUUCAAAACACUUAUACUAGUAUAGAGUUGCAAACUAUGCAUUGCAAAAUCAAAGAGGAGGACAUCCUGAAUUUGUUAUCCUCCCUCUAAUCGCGGGUCAAUAAAAUGCAUAUGUAGCAUUUACUUGACACAAAAGGAAAGAUACUUUUGUAAUCAUAAUUUAAAAAAAAGUUUAUUCCCCUGAUAUUUUUAUGACCUGAGCAUGCACCCAGAGGGAGGGCUGGCAGAGAGAGGGAUGCCAUGGGGUGUUGUCAUUGAGUCCUGAGCUGUGCUGUCCAUGCAGGUGGUAAAGCAGCAGGGACCAGCUUCUAGUACAACAAGCUCCAGAUGGGCACAAGCAUGUCCUGCUGCCCUCCUACCCUCCCUCCUCUCACCCAGAUUGUGUCCUACCAACACUCACUUUCCAAAUGAGAGCCAAGCAAAGAGAAAUGCACUGUCUGUAUCCUGGGGAAUAGAUAGUAGGGUUAGUAAUCACUUCAGUCUUAGAUGUGAUCAACUUCAGUGUUAAGGAGUUUCUAGACACUCAAGUGUUUCCCCUCACUAUCCUAAAGUGCUGAAGAAACUUCUUGAUGUGGCACCGUAACAUGUUUUUUCUUUGGGAGAUAAAGAUUCGAUAGCAUAGAGGAAUUGUCUGUAUAAGAUUUAAGGUCUUUACUUUGCCGUCCAUCUGUCCAUCACGCCUCUGGCCAGAGACAACUACAUGAGAAAAGGCAGCUUGCAGGCUGGGUCAGGCAGUCAGAGGGGGUGUGUCGAGGGGUAAACAGACUGAGGUUAAAUCAACUAGAGGUGGGAAACAACUUUGGCUCUGCUCUACCUACUGAAUGUACAGAGGAACCACUGGUGACACCCCUUAAACCUUCUCUUAUGCACUGACCCAGGUAGAGGGCAACACAGCUGUCCCUGUUGGUGAAGAGAAACCACUCGAGAGCCCUCAGAAACAUCCCUCCUCCAUUUAAAUCAAUUGUGAAUCCUCAGCCUGUCUACCCCUCAUCUCCCCUCUUACUCUCUGCUCCUGUGAGGCUCUCCCCCACUGUAAAUAAACACGAGUCCUGUCGAUGGUAUGAGCCAGUUUGUACAGUAGGGAACAUGUCCAACAUUUUCAAAAUAAGAGUCCCUCUCCACAAGGCGUGGCUUACUACUGGAAUGUGUUGCAUUUUGUUUUUCAAAAAAAAAUUAAGAAAACCACAGUUGAAAAAAAAAAAAAGAUUAAAACCUGAGAUGUUCUUCAACAGUUUGUGUUGCAAUGUAGUAACUAAGCACCAUGGAAGCCAACUAACUCUUCAGUGUAAAUAAAGAAUUAAAGAUAACUUUAGAUAAGUAAACAAAGUGACACACGUAGACUAGUUAACUUGUGAUAUGUGUUGCGCAUAUUUUUGUGUUCAUUUUCUCUCUAUCUUUUAUCACCCUCUAAAGAAAGAAAACAAAAAAAAUAUGGAAAUGUUUCUAUCCUUCUGUAACCUCUUAAUGUUCUUUUGCGGUGAUUUUAUCUUGUGCAUUUGUGAAAGAAUGCCUCUCAUUCUCUUUCUGUCCAUAUGAACAAAUGAUUAUAAAUAUUAUAUAUGUGUAAGUCCGUCCGCUGCUGAAUUAAUACUACUCUAUCCUGCUGUAUUAUCUUUCUUAUCAAAUGCUUAGCCCCCACGCUUUACCCCUGUGUUACUCUCUUAUUUUUAUGCUAAUAUUUAUAUUGCUGUUUUAUUUUCUCUUGAACACUGACAUUUCAAAUAAAAACAUUCUGAAAUAA